CUAUCAGUUCACGUGAUGUAUUGAAGCAAUUGUUUUACAUAUUUUUACUCAUUUUAUUGCAUAAAAGAUUUGCUAUUUAAUAUAAAAAUGGCACGACAUGUUAGUAGUUCGUUACUGAAUAUUAUGCAGCAUUUAACCAAAAAUUCAAUGAAUCGUAAUUUUCAUCAAUCAUCAAUAAAAAAUGGAAAAGCUCUUGUUUAUCAAAAUUAUGGUGACCCAGCGAGCGUUCUUAACCUCAUUGAAAAACCAGACCAAAAACCUGGAGAUAAUGAAGUUGCUGUAAAAUGGAUGUUGUCUCCAGUGAAUCCUGCAGACAUCAAUCUCUUACAAGGAAAAUACCCUGCUCGAGUAAAACCUCCUACAAUUGGUGGAAAUGAAGGAGUUGGAGAGAUUAUAGAGGUUGGAAACAAUGUCAAAAACCUCAGUGUUGGAGACCGAGUAGUUCCUAAUGAAAAUAAUGUUGGAACCUGGAAUACUCAUGGACUUCAUAAUGCUGAUCACGUACUGAAGAUACCUCAAAAUUUGGAUAUCAUAGCAGCCAGUAUGUUCAAUGUCAAUCCUGGUACAGCAUAUAGAAUGCUUAAAGAUUUUGUAGAUUUAAAACCUGGUGAUGUCGUAAUUCAAAAUGGUGCUAAUUCAGCAGUAGGGCAGUUUGUGAUUCAGUUGUGUAAAAGUUGGGGCUAUAGAAGUGUAAAUAUUGUAAGAGACAGGCCAGAUAUUGAAAAACUUAGAACUUAUUUAACAGAAAUGGGUGCUACAAAAGUACUUGUCGAGUCUGAAUUAAGAACAACUAAAUUAUUUGAAAAUAAAGAAUUACCAAAACCAAAAUUAGCUUUAAAUUGUGUUUGUGGAAAAACUACGACCGAACUUAUUCGUCAUAUGGAUCAUGGUGCAACUAUGGUUACUUAUGGAGCUAUGUCACGAGAACCUUUGAUCGUACCAGCUUCUGCAUUAAUUUUUAAGGACGUUAUGAUGAAAGGAUUUUGGAUGACACAUUGGGUAAAAAAAUUUACCGAUUCUCAGGUAAGAACAGAUAUGAUACGUGAUUUGACGGAAAUGUUUAAUUCCAAAAAACUGCAAGUACCUGCUAAUAAAAUUAUACCACUUUCUAACUACAAAGAAGCUAUGGAAAAUACUUUGAAAUCCGAUGGAAUGACAAAUCUUAAAUACAUCUUGGAUUUGAGAUGUUGAAAAAAUUAUUUUAUUUACAUUGAUGAAGAAAAAAAUUAAUUAAUAUAGUAAGACAACAAUAAAAAUCCAAAUAAAUGAAAUAAUUUAAUUAAGUUAGUCAACUAAUAAAUAGUAAUAU